AAAACUUGGUUUUCCCUGACAUGAAGAAGGAAAAGGCACAAAUCCAAUACCUGAACUGAUCCUGGUAUCACGACUAAACACUAACAAACCCCAUGAUUAAACACAUUAUAAUAUGAUAAUCAAUACCAUAGAAUCCAAUAAUCACAUAAAAACCACACCUUCCCAUACAAAAAAAUCCUGAUUUAUAAACUUUUAUGUAAAUUUCAAGUCAAAAGCUGAUGGCUCGUGUGCUGGGCAAACCGUGAAAAAAAAAAUCUAAAAAAAAAAUCACGACGUGUUCAAGAGAAAAAAAUGCGACACGAUCAUUUUGAAAAGAACAAUAUUAAAUACUCAUCAUCAACUCAAAAGUUUCAUCAGCUCCGUUGUUGCUAUUGUUAUCCAAUUCUUUUGCUGCUAUAAAUAUUCCUUUUUUAGUUGCUGGUCACAAUGGCUCGUUCUGAUGCUCGUUUAAUUAGGUUUGCUGCCAUAGCUGCUGCCCUUUUGUUAACAAUCUUUAUCUUAUCCAAGGGUUCAACAACUACUUAUGUUGCAUCAACAAAUCAAGCACCAUCAACUGGAUCUUCCUCAUCCACUUCUGCAGCAAGUGCGAACGUCAAGGCUAAUACUACUCCAGAAAAACCAAAAACUCCAGUUUCAAGUAAUCCAAAGGAUAAAGUUAGUGCAACUUUUGUUUCAUUAGCUAGAAAUCGUGAUUUAUGGUCAUUAAUCGGUUCAAUUAGAUCUAUUGAAGAUCGUUUCAACAAACAAUUCAAAUAUGAUUGGGUCUUUUUAAAUGAUGAACCUUUUACUGAAGAAUUUAAAAGAACUACAACUGCUUUAGUCUCUGGUACUACUAAAUUUGGUUUAAUUCCAAAAGAACAUUGGUCAUUCCCUGAAUGGAUUGAUUUAGAAAAAGCUGCAAAGACAAGAGAAGAUAUGAAACAAAAAAAUAUCAUCUAUGGUGAUUCAAUCUCAUAUAGACAUAUGUGUAGAUUUGAAUCUGGGUUUUUCUAUAGACAUGAAUUAUUACAAGAUUAUGAAUAUUAUUGGAGAGUGGAACCUGAUACUAAAGUUUAUUGUGAUAUUGAAUAUGAUAUUUUCAAAUUCAUGAAGGAUAAUAAUAAACAAUAUGGUUUUACAAUUUCAUUGCAUGAAUAUGCUGCAACUAUUGAAACUUUAUGGCAAACUACUAGAGAAUUCAUUAAAGAAAAUCCUCAAUAUUUACCAAAAGAUAACAUGAUGGAUUUCAUUUCAGAUGAUGGUGGGUUCUCUUAUAACUUGUGUCAUUUCUGGUCCAAUUUUGAAAUUGGUAAUUUGAAUUUUUGGAGAGGUGAAGCUUAUUCAAAAUAUUUUGAAUAUUUGGAUAAAGCUGGUGGGUUCUUUUAUGAAAGAUGGGGUGAUGCUCCAGUUCAUUCCAUUGCUGCUGCAUUAUUCUUACCAAGAGAUCAAAUCCAUUAUUUCAACGAUGUUGGUUAUUACCAUGUUCCUUUCCAUAAUUGUCCUAUUGAUGAUAAACUUAGAUUGGAACGUAAAUGUAUGUGUAAUCCAAAAGAUGAUUUCACUUUCAAAGGUUAUUCUUGUGGUGAAAAAUUUCAUACUGUUAAUCAAUUGGAAAAACCUGCAAACUGGCAAGAUUAUUCAUAGAGUGAAUAUGACUUUGGAAAGAAAAAAUAAUUAAAUGAAAUUAAUAUCAAGAAGUUGUUUAUUGUUUUAAAAAAGGAAGUUGAG